UUCGGAUUGGCGCGAAAUAAGAUAAAAGCUUUAAAAAGAGGACAAAAGUGUCACUGAUUGGUCCAAGAAGAACCAAAGCCUAUCCACUUCUCACUCGCUUCUCCUUAUUACCAACGAGAACCUUCACUCACAUAAAUCUCUGUCGGUUCCUCUUUUUUAAUAAUUAUUUUAAUUCAGAUAAGGGAAAAUCCACAUUUUUAUUUACGUCGAAGUUUUUUUAUUUAUUUUUCUUAAAUUACUCUGCUCAUCUACACACCAAAACCUUCGCUCGAUCUGAAUCUUCAUCAAGAUUUUAUUCUCCUGACGGCUUAGCAACGAGAUUUGUUCACUUUCAUGGACGUUGAAGAAAGGAAUGUUUCAUCUGGUUAUGCUAAACCACCAUGGAUAUUCAAAGGAAGCGCGUUGUACCAGAUCCAUCUUGUGAAGGCUUCCACUGCUCGAGCAUUCAUCCCCAAGGAGCUUCGACUUGUUGAAGCUUUUGGAUACACUCUUGGUGGGUUUUUCCUGGCUAGCUACGAUGAUAGUCCCGCUGGUGUCUUCGAUGAGCUUGUCAUGAUUGCAGGGAUUGUAUGGAACCCUCCUACAUCAUGCGCAUGGGCGGCGAGGGUGCUUGUCAACAGCAACGAGGCUUGUCAUCACGGACGCAAGGAAGUAGGACUCCCAAGCCAAGUUGCAAGAUUUUCAAAAAAAAUCACUGCAGUUCCAAAGAGAAAAAGGGAAAGAGCUUUUGGUUUCUUGGACACAUUUGGGUUGGGAAGUACUCUGUCUCACCCUCAGGAUUUAAUGGAGGUUAAAGUUAGUGAAGUGGACAGUGCUGCUUCUGCAAACAUUUGCAACAUCCAAAUUAGAUCAGACGAGACAAAACUAGGAAAGUGGAUGGGACCAGCAAUUAAAAUGUCCCUUCCGAGUUUUAGUGGCAAUACAAAGUACAACCCAAACCUACUCAAAUACUCUUGCCACAUCCACUGCAGGGUGAGGCCUGUGAGUCCUGCGGUAGUAUCAAAUCCUUUGGAAGAUGAGGCAGAUUGGAAUCACACGUCACAAGAGUCGCAUGAAAGUGAAACGCGACUAAGCGUAGCUGUGAUGCUAUCAAAACCAAUCAUAGCUCUUCAGUUUAAAGACUUAACGAUGCAAGUAGAAGCUCCUGUUGUAGUUCACCCUUCAGUGUAAAACACAACCACACAAAUUUCAAGAACAUACACUUCCUUCCUACAAGGUUUCACAUCUUUACAAAAGAAAACAAAUCUUUCCACUUUUCUUUUUCCCACCGAUUGAAUGAAGUCAUUCUUAGCAAUAAACAAAUCUUUCCACUCGUU